CCGACUGCACCAAAAAUUCACGCCUUAGUGAUCCUUUUGCCCCAAAGCUCCCCCACAAUGGUACCAUAGUACAAGUAGUAGGCGUGCCUUAGGUCUCGAAGGAAGAUCCUGCGAGUCCUUCCCAUCUCUUUAUCUUCCUCCAAGAUUUAGAGAGAGAGAGAGGAAAUCAUGGCUUUAACAUGUGUGAAAAUGUCGGAAGAUGUGUGGUUAACAUGUAUGACGCAUGCAUUGUCCACAGAGACCGAAGAGAUCAUGGGGCUUCUUCUCGGUGAUAUUGAGUACUCUAAGGAUGGGGGUGUAACUGCACUGAUUUGGGGAGCAUCACCUCAAACACGAUCCGACCGCCGAAAGGACCGUGUGGAGACUAAUCCUGAGCAGUUGGCUGCUGCAUCAGCUCAGGCUGAGAGAAUGACCACGUUUACUGGAAGAAUAACAAGAGUAAUUGGGUGGUAUCAUUCUCAUCCUCAUAUUACAGUUCUUCCUUCCCACGUUGAUGUGCGAACUCAGGCAAUGUAUCAACUUUUAGACUCUGGGUUUAUCGGGCUGAUAUUUUCCUGUUUUAGUGAAGAUGUACACAAGGUUGGAAGAAUCCAAGUAAUUGCUUUCCAAUCCUCAGAUAGGAAGCAGAAUCAUGUGUCAAGACCUAUAUCUCUAUCUGUGGUAAAUAAAAGUUCAAUUAUAGAUGUUGAAUCAUCUUUAAGUUCCUCAGAAGAUGCAUCUACAAGAUCUGGCUCUGCAGUGAUAGAGAGCUCUGAACAAGACUGUGGCGAUUCAAUAACUGCUGGAGCUAAUAAGGGCGGUGGAAGGUCCGCAGAGUUGGGGGUUUCCUUUGCUGAUUCAGAUGCCAAGUAUAUAGGGAGGGAAAGGGUGGGAGGAAACUACCGUGCUGAUAGUUCAGACAAAAUCAUUGUUGAUAUAGACCCCAUGGAUAUGUCCGAAAGUAUGCAAGAAGCAAUGCACCGUUCAAAUUUGGACAUGAGUGGUGCGGAGUAUGCCAGGAAAGAAAUUCCUCUUCAUGUUUUGCCAACGUCAUCCCUUAUCAAGCUUGAUUCACCUUUAAUGUCAUUUACGGACUUGCAACAUGUGCUGUAUGAAGAGGAGCGGGCUGCAUAUAACCAAGCCAUAUUGCAAAAUAUAAGGAACGGGAAAGUUCAUCCUCUUACUUUCAUACAUCACACCUCAACUUAUCAGGCUUCCAUGUGCAAAUUAAUGGAAUAUUGUUUAAGUCCUGCCGUAAAUGCUCUCCAGGACCGCUUGAAAGAGAAUGAAAUUCGGUUAGAAAUGCUCAUCAAUGAAGCCAAGAGGUUAGCGGCCGAGUGUAUCAGAGGAGGUGAUUCAAGUUCGGGAUCAUCUCGCCAAGUUCCAUACCAUGGCCUUCGAGGAAAUGCUGUGUUUGGUCACACCAACUCGUAUAGUUCAGCCGAACCGAUUAGCAUGAGGACUGUUGCUAGUCCUGGUAGCCAGAGGCGGAAAGGGUCUCGGUGAAAUUCCAAAAACACGGAGUCUUCUCAAUGCUGCAUGUUGUAUUGGAGUGUUUAAUUUUAUAUUAUGAACUUCAAAGCAGAUGUACGAGAUUUGCAAAACUGAAUAGUUUAUGGAAUGUGGCCCUUUUCUUUUC